AUGGGUAAAGUAAUUCUUGUACUUUCUGUGCUCGCGGUCUUUUUGGUCGCUGAGUCAUCAUGCCAGAAAUUCAUUAGACCUACGUACAGACCUCCGCGGCCACGUUACACAGUGGGACCAGUUCGUCCUCCUUUAAGAAUUCGCCGUGACGCGGGUGAUGAGCCGCUCUGGUUGUAUCAAGGAGACGUACCGAAGGCGCCUUCGUCGGGUGAUCACCCAGUGCUCCCAUCUAUCAUUGACGACGUGAAACUGGACCCCAACAGGAGGACGGCGCGCAGUCUGAGCACUCCCUCGCACGUGUCGCACGGAGGUGGCAGCCGGAGGUCCUCCAGCCGGGACACCGGACCCACUCACCCGGGUUACAACCGGCGCAACGCGAGGUCUAUUAACAAACGAUUAAGCCAUAGGAUACCCAUACCCACCACGCCUCCGUUCAACCCUCGUCCUCCGAAGAUGCCCAUCUACGCCAGGAACCACUAG